AUGGCUGGCAUUGGCUCACCCACCACGUCAACAGGGCAGGUUGCGGUGGCAGUGGCGGCUUUCGUCGUUGCUGGCUCCUACAGUCAGGCGGGGUUCAAGAAGUUUCUUGAGGGCGGGUGUGUUGGCAGAGCCGUGACCAGCAGUUGCUUCAAAGGUGUGGCAAAAUCGGUGUUUGCGCAAUCGCUGGUGAUGCGGCAAAUCGUGCUCGGCACUGGCUUGGCUCGCGAGCUUCAGCGCCGGAGGGAUGCGGUCUCGCAGUUGCAGGGUUCUGAUGAACCGGAUCUCAUGGCUGCAGCGUUGGAUGACCUGGGCGUCGCGCUGUUGGCCAAUGGUGAGAAGGCCCCAGCAGAAGAGGCCUUUCGGCAAGCCGUCGAUCUCUGCCAGCGCAAUGCGCUAGAAGCAGACUCGCUUUGGGCAGCCAACAACUUGGCAGUGGCUCUCAAGUCGCAGGGUCCAGACAGAUACAGAGAGGCCCAGAAGCUGUACCAGGAGACCUUGGAGGCGAGACUUCGCAGGGAUCCAGGUGAGAAGGACCCCAGCACGUUUACCAGCAUGAACAACCUGGCCGUCCUUCUGAGAGUGCAAGGACAGCUGGCAGCAGCUGAGCGCCUGUACCGUCGCGCCCUUGAUCUUCGGCGCACUGUCCUGGGCAACCUGCAUCCAGACACACUGACGAGUAUCAACAAUUUGGCGAGCUUGCUUUCCAUCACUGGACGAAUGGAAGAAGCUGAAAUACUCUACGCAGAGGCCUUGGCAGGCUGCCGUGCGACGCUUGGGAUGAAGGACAUGGACACAUUACUGAGCGCGGACAACUUGGCCUCCUUGCUCUUCCAAGAAGGACGUGCUGCAGAGGCAGAGCCGCUUUUUCGGGAGGCAGCCCUUGGCCUUGCGACCCUCCUUGGCGAACGAGACCCGGAGACCUUGCGAAGCCAGGACAAUUUGGCCGUAGCUUUGAUGGCUUUGGGGCGCCUGGAGGAGGCAGAGGUGCUGCUUCAAUCCACUGUUGCAGGUUUUCGAGACACACUAGGUGCAGACCAUCCAGACACCCUCGUGGCCCAGGAGAACUUGCAGGCGGUGUUAGAGGAAAAGGCAGCUCGUGAGUUAGAAGCGAUGAGCACUGUCUAA